AGAAUUUCUCGGUGUUCAUGUGCUUCAUUAGUGAGUCAGGGACAUCAACUCAAGUGACACAUCUUGAGACAUGCGACAACAGUGUGCAACACAAGCCAGAGGUCAGUAGCAGGCAUAGUGGCUCUGACCACAGAACCAGCUACUUCUCCGGCUACGACAGCAUCGCUAAAUCUGCAAAUGCAUUGCAAGACCUGUGCAGUGUCAGCAAAGAAGUGUUUGCAAUGCUUCUGAGCAUGCUUCCACCUUCAGAACGAAAAUGUGACGUCACUGCUGAGAAUAGGCUUCUUUUGUUUCUUUUGAAGUUAAAGCUUGGAAUCAGCUACUCAUCACUGGCUAUUCUCUUCUCGGUAAGCGAAACGUCGGCAUCAAGGCAUUUCAAGAGUGUUCUCAAAACGCUCGCGGUGGCCACUAAACAAUGGAUUUUUCGCCCCCCACCAAGAGUGAUUCAGGCCACAAUGCCAGACAGAUUUAAGAUGCAUUAUCCUAGCUGCACUAUGAUUAUUGACUGCACAGAAAUACGUACAGAGCAGCCACCAACUGUGCAACAAGAACGAGUCUUGUACUCAAAUUACAAAGGCGCAUAUACGCUGAAGUUUUUAGUGGCUGUAACACCAGGAGGAAUGAUUUGUUUUUGUUCAAAAGCCUAUGGUGAUAGACUGUCUGAUGCCCACAUUACAGUUGAUUCUGGUUUCCUCGAUCUUGUUCAACCUGGGGAUACAGUUCUUGCCGAUAAGGGAUUUCCAGGCAUCCAGACAGUUUUAGGAAACCAGAAUGCUGUUCUUGUUAUGCCUCCAUUUCUCCAUGCCUCUCAGUUUACGCCAGAGGAGGUUAGGGACACUUACAAUAUCGCUCAAGUGCGGAUACAUGUCGAACGAAUGAUUCAGAGGAUUAAAAUAUAUAAUGUCUUCAACAACAAAGUACCAACUGAGCUUAUCCCAUGCAUGACGGAUGUCUUUCAUGUCUGCUGUGUGCUAGCAAACCUCCAGCUCCCAAUAAUUAAGCGCAAAGAACAACAACAGUCAUUUGUCGUGUCUGCAUCAUGAACAAUCGACUUUGCCUCACUCUGGAUUACACAAAAUGAAAUGAAUGAAUGAUGGGGGAGCAUCAGUGCGCUAGGCACCAUUUCGAUAAUAGGACUUGUCUUCGUCUAGGCUGGCCGGGGGUUUCGACAAGUGCUCUUGCCGAAACAUUAGCUAGUGGACUGAGGCCUUCAUAGCUUUCUUAUUUUGCUCUGUGUUGCCAAGGAUCUCAUCUGCCAUGGAUACUCACUUUGCAUUAUUUGUUUGAGCUAUUUGCAUUUUAUUGUUUCGAAAUUGGACGUGGUCAUUGAGAAACACCGUAAUGGUGGGCUCCGGAUUAGUUCU